AUGGAGAUUUCUUGCUCGCUAAAGGAGAUUAUUGGUGGGACUUGUGGAUACGAUAGAAAAGAUAGAACACAAAGCACUGUAGUUAUUCCUUUACAAGUUUGUAACAAGGAAAUCGUGGCACAUAAAUCAACAUUUCAAUUUUCUGGCAUCGAAAGCGAGGUAGAACUGAUUCUUAGCCGAGCAGGCAUAUUUAUUUCGCCGGAAAAUAUCCAUUGUUGGACAAUUUGCCCGCUACAUCGAUCCAAACUUGGCCUGGGGUGGAGCAGAGGCAAUAAUGCAAGGUGUAGGGUACCCGCUGCACUGUCAAGUCACAGGCAAGCAAACGGAAAGUGGCCAAAGUGCGAUAGAGGAAUAAAUAAGGACGAUUCGCAGUUAAUAUUAAAGAUGACUGGUAUAUUUUUGCAGGUUGGUUCAGGUAAGAGUGGUUGAAUAGUUUCGAGUUGAUUUAUGUUGAUAACAUAUUAAUUACUAGCUUGAUUCUUGAAUUUUCUAUGUGUUGUUUUAUCCAGGUAUUUGUUCAACAUGUCGUAAGAAGUUAAGAGCAUUAGUGCUAACCAGUCCGCAUAAAGCAGAGAGUGUUAUCGAUCAAAUGGAUGCGUUAACACUGGUAAGUUUGAAUUAUGUUAUUUGUAUUGCGUGUCGAAUUUUAUACCUGAAACUCUAUCUUCAGUUUUCGUGGGAAACGGCGGGAAAUGAAAGCUUUAUCGUCCCAGCCAAUGCUAGUGAUUGCAAUGCUUUUCUAAUCUUUCAAUUAAGCGUCAGCCUUCUAAGGGACCGGUCAUUAAUUACAAGGGACGGGGAGGGGGGGGAGGUGAAAAAGAGGGGAGUUCAGAUAUUUUUCUGCAUGAAAGGAGGGGGAACAUUUUUGUUCAAUAUGAAUACCUGCCCCGUGACCCCAUCAUAUCAUAUAAUCUACAGGUGAAAAAUAGAGAGCAGUACACCUGUGGUAAGCACAAUGCCAAAUAUUCAAAUCCAAGGUCACAACAACAUUUAUUAAAAUUUAUUAAACUGAACAUAAAGUAAUAAGUGUACUUAUUUUUUACUCAUUGAGAUGGUUCAUUGCAUGUACAUUGCAUCGGAAUGGCCGUUGACUCGAUUAAUGGUAGAUAAUAUAUAAAGAUAUAUAGGAUAAUAUGAUUAAAGUGGCUUCACAUUGUAUAAGAACUUUAAAUUACGUAUGUCUCUUUUGUUAUUGCAUCCUCAAGUGGGGGGGGGGACAUAAUUUUAACAUCUAAGUUUUCAUUUCCAUCAGCUCCUCUCCUGUAAUUAAUGAUCGGUCCCUAAUAUGUGUGCUGGAAGAGCACUGAAGACGCCAGACGCAUGCUGGAAUUUGGUUGGUGCAUGGGAGGUUGGGGACUCAACGGGAUUUCUUGCACCAACACUGUACCAUAGAUAUCACAAAUUCUUAUCUUCUAAUUUGCUCAUAUGAUUAUAAUCGCUUCCAUGCCUAUUUUUUAACAGAAUAAGAAUAUAGACCAGUGGCGUGCUGGGUACUAUUUUUCUGGAGGGGCCAGUGGGCUGUCAGCCAAUAUGCGCCCCUAUAAUGUUACACUUGAUAAACGAGGGCCGAAGGCACGAGCCGAGUGCCGCAGGUGCGAGGUUUGUCUAGGGGGGACCGGGGGCAUGCCCCCAGGAAAAUUUUUGAAUUUAGAGUCUCUGAAAUGCCAUUUCCUGGACUUUGGGGGAACAUUUGACAGAAAUCUGAUGGUCAGGAAACGGCAUUAUAACGUGUCGAAAUUUGAAAUUUGGUUAGAAUUUAUGAGUAGUGCUUAAAUUAUGCAAUGCUAACUACUUCCAGCGAUUAAUCUAAUCCCAAUUCUGUUCUCUACUGAUCUACUGUUCUGAGCACAUUUACAACUUAAAGCUCUUUUAUACAAUAACACACGCACCCCACGCACAUGUAUUUUAAGGUUUCUUUGCCUGGCUGCCAAAAGGGCAUGUUUCAGCAUUAUUUCAUUACUUACAUUACUCAUGCUUCUUGUGCAAACGACUAAAUCGCGUACACAACUUUACAUCAGUUAUCAUAACUUCAACUAUCUAAUUUGCGCCGCUCUCGUGAUUCGUGAAGCAUAAUUCUCGUGACCAUAAGGGCAUAAUUCUCGUGAUCGCUUCGAUUGAAACCUGACCAAUAUUCCGGUAAUGAGACAUUGCCUGUGAUCACUGAUCAUGUUUCUAUAUGAACGAUUUCGUGUGAGCUGUGAGGUAGCAAAUACGGUUAGGCAAAAUAGUCUGUAAUUUAAUAUAUGUCGCCAAUGCGCUUAGUCUGUUUUAUACUGUAGCCUAUAAACACGUCUUUUCUUGGCGGAAGUAACCAUUUUUUUUCGAGAAUGCGUUUUUUCCGACCCACUUUCAAAAUUCGGCGCCCCUUUUUCAUUUUUGCGCCCCUCAAGAAUUGCCAGCUGAGGGGGGGGGCGUGGCCCCCGGCACCCCCCUGCCAGCACGCCACUGAAUAUAGACGACGAGUUGGAAAUAACGUUCUCUCCAGACAUGUCCACACCUGUUUGUGAACGAACAACGUUUGACGUUGGAAGUACUGGCAUGAGCCUGUACAAACCUGGCGAGACGUCUUUUACUUCGACUAUUUCAGAAGAUAUAUCAACUACACUGUCUACACCAAGAGAGAAUCUCAAUGCGUUUCUAACCUCAAGAGAUGUUAGCCCCAUCAGGUAUACUUUAUCAGCACCAUUCGAAGAAGUUUCAGACCGAACAAAACGUUUUCACAUGCGCAAAGCGCGCCAAGUUGUUACUGCGUGCCUAGAAGAAAUCGUUCCUGGACAAUCAUCCACGCUACUUAAAGAAUUAGCAUGCGACAAGUUGGGCAGUGAUAAAAAUAUUGAUACUUUCUUAUUGGAUGCUUUAACGGAGUGUUAUAAUAACACGAGCCAUUGGAGCACGCGUAGACAGAUAUUGUCUAUAAUGGUUGAUAAGGUUACCUUCGAAGAACUGCAAAAAUGGAUACCAACCUUGACCAGAUAUCGUUUCAAUAUUGCAAAACAUCAUCUGUUGCUUCAUGGUAGGGGCGCGGAACUCCCCCAUUUAAAGAAUACGAGAGUUUACAUUCAGCCGGAAAAAAUCGACCAUUUUGUUACUUUUAUUACAAGCUCGCAUAUCAUACAAGACUUACCAUUCGGAGAAAAAAACACUAAAACUGUCCACUCACAGAGAAAUAAAGAUUCCCAACGUUGUGCGCAAUCUUAUACCAGAACAAUGUAUCCAACAGUACGAAGGAUAUUGCAAAGAGGUGAGAUUCCAACCGAUGAGCCGCAGUACAUUGCGCAGGGUUCUUAAAGUCUGUUCUGCUUCCGCACAUACGUCGUUGCAAGGCCUCGAUUAUAUAUCAGCAAUGGGUGGUCAGGCCUUUGAUGAUCUAGAGAACGUCGUUGACAUGCUUGGAGAUCGUUAUGGCAAGGGUUUGGCAUGGGCCAAACAAACAAACCAAAAACUCAAAGAUGCUAAACGUUACUUAAAAGGAGACUACAAGGUAUAAACAAGUGAAAGCUUAUUGUAUUUUUUGUAGAUUCGCGCAUGUAAGAAUCAUUCUAGAAUAGUUGAUUUUGUAUCUGAUUCAUAUAUUCUUUUUAGAUUCACAUUUCUAGCAAUUCUGAAGUUGCGGACCACUGCAGAACAUAUGCUCUCAGUUUUCCAAAUGAUGAAAAUUAUACUAACAGCUGUGAUCAUGAGCACAAGGGAAAGUGUGAUAGAUGCAGUAUAUUUCCUGAGACUCUAGCUGAUAUUUGCGCAUCUUUGGAAGAAGUAAAUUGCCCUCUUGAAGAGAAAGAAAACAUGGAGUACGAUGUAUCCAACCUACACAAGCAGCUCAACACAUGGAAAGUACAUAUUUUAAGAUCAAUUAAUCAAGACGCAGCACGACACGACAUUUUAAAAGUCUUGGAUUCUCAUUCUGCACUUAUCGUUUUAGACUGGGCAAUGAAAUUCAUUCCUCGCAAAUACCGUGAAAGCCAAAGAGAUUGGUUUGCAAAACGGGGACUUCCUUGGCACAUAGCGGUAUAGACUUGGAUCAAGUCCGUCUCUCUAGAGUCCGAGGGAGAGCGCGAGGUGCAAUAACGCGUGAAAGUUUGAGGGAGAAGACGGACAUGGCUCACCUGCAAGCGCGCCAAAUUUACCGACCCGUUUUUCCGUCGGUAACGCGUCAUAACUAGAUUGCAAUAAUUUAUGCUAAUUGCAAUAGAGCGGAAAUAACAAAGUAUCUUGUUUCAAAAUGUAUAGCGUGCUGUCCAUAGAUAUGGUGCUGUCUGUCUUCGUGUCCGGUUUAGUUUAUACUUAAAUGAUGAAUACGUUUUAAGAAGGUUAUUGAUAUGAUUAUACUAUAUAAAACUGCACAACUAGUGUCACACUAUUAUUUUUUUUUACUUAUAUUAAGUGUCACGGCAAACUUCAUGAUCACACGAAAUGUUGAUACAGUCAGGGAUAUUUUGUUCAAUGUUCAGGACAAAUUUUGUGCAUAUAGUCAUAAUAACUAACUAGAAGAGUCUAUAGAUACGAUUUAAUAAAAAGUGUAUCUUUAAAUAUAAGUCUUAUAGUUAUAUAUUAAAGGCGUAUUUUAGUUUCGAUCGCGACGGGUAUUUUAAUAAUUUUGCCCUGACACUUGCGGUUUCCGUAUUUGUAACAAAACCGCUAAAUUAAAAACACCUGUCUAUUAACAUAAUUCCCGCCAAAAUAAUAAAUCUGAUUCGAAACAUUGCAGGUGAGCCAAGUCCGUCUCUCCCUCCUCUCUUGCACCUCGCGCGCCGCUUCGCGGCGCGCUCGAUCUCGUCGCUUCGCGACUCCAACUCUAGAGAGACGGACUUGAUCCAAGUCUAAUAGCGGUAUUAACAAAGAAGAAUGAUGAUGGCGACCUCCAAGUUCUUACUUUUUUGCACUUGUUUAAGUCUUGUAGCCAGGAUAGUGGCGCUGUUGUUGCAAUCAUUCAUGACGUCUUAAGUCAACUCUCAACCAUUGCACCAGAGGUGCAUACCGUAUAUCUGCGUCAAGAUAAUGCAGGGUGCUACCACUCUGCUUUAACUCUGCUUUCUCUUCCAACGAUAGAGAGAUCAACUGGAAUUCAAAUCAGACGUAUCGAUUUUUCCGAUCCCCAAGGGGGGAAGGGAGCGUGCGACCGAAAGGCAGCUCAUAUUAAAAAUCACAUGAAUAAAUACCUGAAUUCAGGGAACGAUAUCGAAAAUCCCGAGCAAAUGAAGGCAGCAAUCGAGUCCUUUGAAGGCAUCCCAGGAGUGAAAGUAACAGUGUGCGCUCCACCACCUGGUGUCAAGGGAAUGGCAGGGGAAUGGGAUGGUGUGAGUCUCAUUAACAACAUAGAGUACCCCAACGAGUCCAUGACG